UUGCAGCUCAUCUGAGGGCUUUUGAAAGCGGGGCCUGUUGUGAGGACAGCCAGCCAGUUGAAGUCAGCGAAACGUUUCGGGUUUUUCCCGGGACUGCUUUUGUUUCUUAGCCGCGGCUAGCAGGACAGCCACAAUCAUUGUCAUUUCUGCUGCGAGCUGCCGAAGGAAAACACAUCGCCAUGUUGUUAUCGGAGGGGCUCAGUGAAUAAGGCGAAACCGUGAGCGUGUGGAGGUGAUAAUCUCGUCGUUAGAGCCGAACCCGAGUCCUCAGCCGCUGCUUGCCUGACUGACAUGGCGGAGCAGAGCUACUCCUGGGUGUACUCCCUUGUCGACUCCAGCCAGGUGUCAACCUUCCUCAUCUCCAUCCUCCUCAUCGUUUAUGGCAGCUUCAGGUCAUUAAACAUGGACUGCGAGAACCAGGAGAAGGACAAGGAUGGAAACCCCACCAACACUGGCUCCUUCAACAAUGCCAACUCUAACAACAGUAUUCAGACCAUAGACUCUACACAGGCGCUGUUCUUGCCCAUCGGAGCCUCUGUGUCUCUGCUCGUCAUGUUUUUCUUCUUCGACUCUGUUCAGGUGGUGUUCACCAUAUGCACUGCAGUUCUAGCUACCAUCGCGUUUGCAUUCCUCUUGCUGCCGAUGUGCCAGUAUCUGACCAAACCCUGCUCCCCACAGAACAAGAUCUCGUUUGGCUGCUGUGGCCGCUUCACGUUGGCGGAGCUGCUGUCGUUUUCCCUCUCUGUCAUGCUGGUUCUCAUCUGGGUGCUGACGGGCCACUGGCUUCUCAUGGACGCUCUUGCCAUGGGUCUCUGUGUGGCCAUGAUCGCAUUUGUGCGGCUGCCUAGUCUCAAGGUGUCGUGCCUGCUGCUGUCAGGCCUCCUCAUCUAUGAUGUGUUCUGGGUCUUCUUCUCCGCCUACAUCUUUAACAGCAACGUGAUGGUGAAGGUGGCGACGCAGCCUGCCGACAACCCCCUCGACGUGCUCUCACGCAAGCUGCAUCUGGGCCCUGGCGUGGGUCGGGACGUCCCCCGCCUCUCCCUGCCCGGAAAGCUGGUGUUCCCGAGCUCCACCGGCAGCCACUUCUCCAUGCUGGGCAUCGGUGAUAUCGUCAUGCCGGGCCUGCUGCUGUGCUUCGUACUCCGAUACGACAACUAUAAGAAACAGGCCAACGGAGAAGUGCCCGGUUCUGUCAACAUGUCCGGCCGCAUGCAGCGGGUUUCCUACUUCCACUGCACCCUCAUUGGUUACUUUGUGGGUCUGUUGACUGCAACCGUGGCCUCUCGUAUUCACCGCGCGGCCCAGCCUGCCCUCCUGUACCUGGUGCCCUUCACCCUGCUGCCUCUGCUCACCAUGGCCUACCUGAAGGUGUGUCUGUUUGCACCAACACCAGAAUCUCCACAGGGAUGCUAGUGCCUCAUUUCUAGGAACGUCAAAAUGGUGUCAACUUAAUUUCGUAGAAUCGCCAUUUCCACACUUGCUCAGAAAAAAAGCAGAAGUGUACACCGGGUCACUGCUCGGUUAUCUGAGCAAGGUGUGUGCCGUAUCCAUAACACAGCGCUGCAUUAUUUAUGUGCUAGCGCACACACCUGUGCAUCUCUGCGGGUACGUCACAUUCCUUCUAUUGAAGCAUCAAUUGUACGCCGGUUUCCUUUCACUGUAGCAGAUAUUUUGUUCUGCAUGUGUUGUAACAUAAUCUGAUCAGUUCUGUGUAGUGCCGUCGCCAUAGCAACAGCCUCUCUUUUCCAUAGAAAUUAUCAAUUGUGGAACGUUUUUACACGUUUAUUGAAGUUGAAAAGCUGUUACAGUAGCUGCAUGCACCCUUAAGAAAUAAUAUGCAGGUUUUCUUCAUGACAUUGGCCAAAUAUUCAUUAAUCGCUGAACAACCCAAACCGUUCAUGCUAAGUCAAAUAUAUAGCAUGUUAUUUUAAUCGUUUUGGACAUGUGUUGUGUCUCGAAGCACAAAUGGUUUACUACAUUUUUUUUGUGUCAAGGUAUGCUAUAGAACUUGGACGUGAUAACC